AUGUGGUAUCAGGCUGGGACAUGUCUGCUUUUUGGGCUUUUCGUUACGGUGUCAGCACUGGAUCUGGACAUCAACAGUACACAGUCGCUCAAAGAUGCCGCAACAGUGACAGUUCAGAACACGCUCACCAACUCAUCACUUAGCGGCAAUGUCAACCCGGUGUAUGGUGAUGCUAAUGAGUGGCUAUUUAACUCCUCCACCGUGGAGGCGUGGCUAUACUCGACUUUGAUUCCGUAUUGGAAUCUCACUGGAAACGAUAGCUACAAUAAUCUUAUUAGCAAGCGCAUGUAUAGUAUGGCAGGACUGGAACUCGGAGAUGGAUGGGCGGCAUCCGACAAUGAUACCAACAUGAACCAUGGAGCUUGGGCACUGGGCGCUGUAACAGCGGCUGAAAUGGGCUUCCCAGCCGACUCUACCAAAAAGUCUUGGCUGACCUAUGCGAGUCAGGCUCAGGGGACCAUGAGGAGUACAUUCACAUUUUCAACUGUGUGCGACGGUGGCCUCGAAGCUGGCAAUAGUGUUUUACAACCGGCGAACGAGUCGAUGAAAGACGCCCUGAGCAACGGAGAGUUCCUGCAAUUGUCCGCGCGACUAGCAUAUCUUACCACGGGUGAUAACCAAUCUGCUUAUGCAGACGAUGCAGUCACGAUUUGGAACUGGUGUGUGGAUAACGAUAUGGUGGUGGAGUCAAAUUGGACCGUCAAUUUUCUGGUGACGAAUACGACCGCCUCAGGAGAUUGUACGGCGAUGACUACGAAUAAUGGACAAUACACAUAUGCCUAUGGUUUGUACAUGAGCGCAGCGGCAUACAUGUAUAGUGUGACCGGCGCAGCUGUUUGGAAGAAAAGGGCAGAAGGGCUGUUAAAUACCAUCAUGAACACGUUUAUUGACGAUGGUGUGAUACAGGAACUUGGAAUUAAAUGGAAGGCCGGCACAGGUUUCACGGGUUCGAAUAUGGACGAUGAUACUUAUUACGCCUUGAAGGGCCUCCUGGCAUCAUGCCUUGCGGCGGUGACGCGCCUCAUGCCAGAGACUGUGGACACUAUUGAGCCUCUCCUCCGGAACACUGCAGAGGCUGUUGCGAAGCAAUGCAGCGGCAUGAGCAACGGCACUGUCUGUGGUUCCGAUUGGACCAAAUCGACGUAUGAUAAGGAUCCCAAUUUCUUCAGUUCGAUGAGCGCCGUGAAUGCAUUUACUGCGAAUUUGUUGAUGUCACGGAGCUCCAAUAGCUCAAGCACCACGGGAUCGAGCACCAACGGAACAAGCACGGACGCGGAAAGUAGUGGAAGCUCAGGUGGGCUCUCUGGCGGAGACAUUGCUGGUAUUGUAGUCGGAUCCGUUGCUGGCGCGGCCUUGAUCGCUGCUGUGGCCUUUCUCAUCCUCCGCAAGAAGAGGAAGCAAGCCGCCAGUGGAGCCGGAGUAACACCGGAGAAGAGUGUGACCACUGACUCCAAAGGCGGCUAUCAGGCUGCGGAGCUCGAGCCACGAGAGGUUGCGGAGCUUCCCCAGGGCGCUGCCUCCUACAAUUUCCCGGAGAUGGACACCGACACUGCGAUGGAGCAACCGCCCCAGGAGCUGCCGCCCCAGGAGCUGAAAACGACGAAGACGAUCCGUUAUGAAUUGGCCUAG